AUUUAUGCAAUCACCUCAAUUCUAGAAAUCAAAUGAGAAUUCCUCAAAAAGCGAAUAAUUUACUUACGGAUGGUUACCAAUCAAAAAUGAUGUCGAAUAAUCAAUAGUUUCCUAUUUGGAUUAGUUGGGAAUUAAUCAACUAACAUAAGUUGAAAAACAUUGCAAUUAAAGAAAUUCAUUUUAUAGUCUUGAUGCAGCACUGACACCCCCAAAGCAACAAAGGCGAGUUUCCCUGACGAUGGACUCAGAACUUUUUUAAAGAAGAAGCUUUAGAAUGUGUUCUGAUUAGAUAUGAAUUAAAAACGAAAGAAUAGAG